AGCGCUGGAAGCAUUUAGGUUUGACCCAUAAAACAAAAGGUGUCGAAGUGUCGUUUGCUUUCCAUCUUCUAUCCCCGUAACUCUCACUGUACGGCUCCUCGUCCUUAGGUUGCUAUCGGGAGAGUGUCGUGUCUCCUUCAAUUCUGGAAAGAUCGGACUUGAUCUGUUUCGGAUCCAUGGCAAGCAGAAUAUGCUGUUAUCGAAUCCCAAUGAUCCAUCUUCUUCUCUAACUUCGUCGGGUCUGAUUAGGACUCGUGCUCUUCCGAUGAUAAAACGAUCAAGACAAGUCCUGAACCAGAGAGCCCGUUGAGAGAUUUCUCCGUCCAAGUCAGCUAGCAUCUCGGCUCUGGAGCAGCUCAAGACCUCUGCUAUUGACCAUACGUGUCUCUGCCUCUUUGGGUUUCUUUUAAGUUGGAAGUUUUAAAAGCUAUUCGAAGUUUUGAUUCAAGUUUGAUUGCAUAUGCUUUCUAUAACAGAGAUUGUAUACUUCUUCAAGGUAUUAAGUUCUGCUUUGAACUCUGAUUGAUUAUUACCAGUGUAUAUACCAGUAUACACGAAAGAAGCAGCAUUGUGGUGAUUGGCCUUAACAUUCACACAACACCUGUUGAGAUGCGUGAGAAGCUUUCUUUUCCCGAAGCUGAAUGGCCACGAGCUAUCACCGAGUUAUACAGUUUGAAUCAUCUUGAGGAAGCUGCUGUAUUCAAUACUUGUAACGGUAUAGAGAUUUAUGUUCUGCCUCUAUAUCAGCACCGUGGAGUCAAAGAAGUCACUAAAUGGAUGUCUAAGACAAGUGGAAUCCCAGUUUCAGAGAUUUGUCAGCACCGUUUCCCGCUAUGGUCUUUUGUUCUUUAGUGAGGUGGUACUCCCAGAAGUUCGUUAAAGGACAAUGGGAUAAAGAAGACUGUGUUGCUGAGUUGAACAAUUACAUAGACCGUCUCUUGUUCUCAUGUAUUCGGUUCUGUAACUACGACCAGAUAUUGUCUUUGGCAAAUACCAACAGAAAUCUACUAGAUAUACUUGGUGAGCUAACUGCUAUCAGGAGAACAAUUAACGAUGGGACACACGGCUCACAGCAUGUUAUACUUACUUUACAUAUAGAUAGGGAUGUGUAUGAAUGUGUAAUCCUUUUUGACGGAUUAGCUUACGUAUUUCAUGACAAAUUGAAAAGCUACGUGUCAGAACCAAAAGUUAUGUUGGUCACUGGCAAUCGUCUCUGUAUUUUUCUAAUACAGUGGUGGAUUUGAGUUCUAGAAAUUUGAAGAAUGGAUCCUUAUUCUGCUGUUAACAAUCUUUGUAUAGAUUUUACUCCUUUUUUAAUAGUUUUCUUGUGAGUCCCCUCCAUCACUUCUGGUUCUUCAAUACCGUCUCAUUGUUAUGCAAAUCUCAUGGUUAUGUAAUGUUUUAUGUAUAUGGUGAGUCUAGGGACUUGGUUAUCAGAUCUGUGCAAAAAGUGGUAUGAAGUAAGAAGAAUAAUUCAAAGAAGGUAUCUGAUUACUUUUUGCUUUCCGUAGUUAAGUAUGUGAGAAGACUUAGUUUCUUUUAGGCAAUGGGGAGCAUGGAAAACGAUUCAGAGUAAGGAACAUUUGAGUUUAAGAAACAUUCAAGAUUUUGGUGAAGGCUAGAAGGGAGUAGACAACGCCCAAGAACCUGUUUUGUUUCUUUCAUUACAUUUUGAGAUGCCUCUCAUCAUUUCAGGUCAACAAGUAUGAGGCACUUGUAUUUUUCCAUGAAUGUUUUGCUUUUGAAGCUAAUCUACAAGUCUUUCCUGAUCAAAAUAUUUUUUCUCAACCUUCUUAAUAAUUUGUUGAAUCUGCA